AUGAAUCUCUACAUUUUGACGUUUUUUAUUCUAACCUACGUUGCAAGUACUUUUUCCACUUAUCACAAUUGCCCACAACCUAUUGGAAAUCGCCCAAAACAUUGCAAGAAAAGUUGUGAAAACGAUGAAGAGUGCAAGGGACAUAAACGAUGUCUAUGCGAUGGAGAGUGUGGAUUAUCGUGUGUGAAUCCGAGCUCAACUUGCCAUCCUCUUGAUCAUUUGGAGAAUGGCUAUAUCAGGACAUCAAACGAGAAUCGUUUUGGCUCAAAUGCUGAAUAUAGUUGUCAAAAGGGCUACGUGCUCAUUGGUCCUUCACAACGGCGAUGUCAAGCGAGCAAGGAUUGGAGUGGAUCACAGCCGCUGUGCCGACUGCAAUUGAAAUGUGGCCCUCCACCGGAACUUCCAUAUGCCGUUCACGACGGUGCCUCGUUCUCCGGAGAGUACGAUCUUGAAACAGAAGUUCAAUACUCGUGUGUACCCGGGUAUCACCGCUUCAACUCUAAGGGAUUGGCUCUAGCAAAAUGUCUCCUCAAUCGCAAAAACAUUGCCCAAUGGUUUGGGCCAGAUUUGAAAUGCAAAGCAAGAACUUGCUCCGAUCCGGGUCGAGUGGAGAAUGGCAUUCGAGAAGGCGACGUUUUUGAGUAUCCACAUCAAGUUGUCUACAAAUGUUUACCGGGUUUCCUCCUUGUUGGCCCAUCAGCGCGAAAAUGCGAGAGCAACGGAGAAUGGACAGAGACAACUCCUGUUUGCAAGGCAACGGAAUGUCCUCGACCACCAGAUCCUCUGCAUGGCAGAGUGUUGGGCGCAUCAUUGACUUAUCAAAGCACUGUCACUUAUUCCUGCAAAGAUGGCUAUCGACUCGUCGGUCAAGUUCAACGAAUUUGUUUGGCUGAGGGAAUCUGGGCUGGACAAGAGCCACGCUGUGAAGAAAUCCGUUGUCCAUCCCUGCCCUCUCUUAGCAAUGGCUACAUCGAAGGAGGCGAUACACACUUUGGAGCAAUCGCGGUUUUCAGAUGCUAUGAAAAGAUGACUCAUGAGGGAGCGACUGAGGCAAAAUGCCUUCAAAAUGGGCAAUGGUCUCAUCCACCGCCAAAAUGUUUAGGAGUUUGUCGAGUCCCAUCAAUUGAAAAUGGACGUAUCGAGAGCUAUGCUGUGGGCGCAUUCGUGCAAUCGGGAUCAAAUGUUCAAGUGAAAUGUGAGGAUCGACAUGAAACAAAAUCCCUAACAACGAUGAGUUGUCACAAUGCUUCGUGGAGCCAUUUACCGAUUUGCGAACCAUUAAGCUGUCACACUUGGCCACCACGAGUCGCCCACGCUCGAGUUCUCUUUACAAAGUCUUCACACGGAUCAAGAGCCAAAUACGAGUGUAAACCUGGAUUUCGACUUAACUCACCAUCGCCAACUAUCAAGUGCCUCUUCGGUGAAUGGAUACGAGACGAGCCGCCACUUCGGUGUAUCUCAAGUGCUUGUGAACACCCUAUGGUGACCUAUGGAAAAAUUGAAAACGGAAAAAUCAUGCUAGAAGGCCUAAUGGGACCAUACGAUUUUGCUGAUUAUAUACAAAAGGUGGACAUUGGAAGAAAUAUUAUUUUUCAAUGCGAGAAGGGAUUUUAUUUGAUUGGCUCACCAAAAGCUUCGUGUGUGAAUGGGGAAUGGAAACCAAAGAGUGUGCCGAGAUGUCAACAACAGACACAUCCAAUGGUUGAUGGGAUUAUUUGGAAUCGAAGCAAGAGAAGUAUUAAGGGAAAUGAAGAAAAUAGCCGCUCCUCCAGACACGCUUUUCCCAGCUCUCCAUGUCCUCGAAUCACCGCCGAUGAAACUCAAAUGAUCAUCCCGCAUUCCCCUUUGGAAAUUUCCGUGGCUUGCAGGGAAGGAUAUGAGGGACCAAAUGGUCAACCGAUUCGCCUCCAUUGCUCUACCCAUAACAAUACUUGGAUUCCUUUAUUGCCCAUCUGUUUUCCAAAAUCUUGCCGAAUCCCUGCUAGACUUCAUGUGUUUUUCUUGAGAGUUAACGAUUCACAAAUCAUUGAAUCGAAUGGUUUACUUCCUGACUCAACUAUCGGCAAAAUGGUUUGCAUUCGGGGAUUUCAGUUAAAAGGUAAUGCAAUGCUCAAAUGCAAUAAAGGUUUAAUCGAGGAGGCGGCUGGGGAAUGUGUACCACAAGAAUGUCUCCUCGAUUCAGUACCAGGUGGAAAAUAUAUUCCAUCAUUGAAAACCCUUGUUCACGCUCAAAAAAUCAUUCUUCAAUGCCAAGCGGAGAAUGUAACGAUUGAGUGCAAUCGGGGAAUUCUUCAACCAGCACCUUCAUGCUUUCAAAAUGCUUCACUUUACUGUGUCCCACCACAAGACACGACUCCUGCUAUCAUUUUUCGUUUACAAGGAGAACAAAAACUUUUUCUGGAUCGUUAUCAACAAGUUUACCCAAGUGGUUCAAUCUUUCAAUAUCGUUGUGAUGCUUCGAGAGAAGAAGCUAGUGGAAUCGAGUGUGUUGAGGGGAAAUGGAUCAGCAAUUUAUUGCCUUGUCUUGCUGAGAAUGUGACAACGGUGACGAGAUUGCCGACAGAAGGCGCUUGUCCCGAGCCUCCACUCGAUCGACAGUACCGAAUUGUGAAUCUCGAGAAUUAUGUUCAAUCAAGUCAUAACAGAUUUCCGCAUGGAACCUCUUUACAAAUCGGUUGUAGCAUUUGGGCACCAAAUGAUCCGAUUGUUGAGUGGAAAUGCCGUCGAGGGAAAUGGGGAAAACGCGGAAAGCUCGCUUGCCCGAAUAGUAUGGCUUGUGAAUUUAAAACUGAUCUCACUGGACGAACGCUCGCUUACUCGGUUGAUCGAAGAGAGCUCUUGUUGUUCAAUCAGAAGCUGCCAGAGAACUCAAAAAUCUUGUAUCGAUGCUCAGAGGUUGGUUUUUUCCGUCUUCGUGGAAAGGCUGAAGCCGAGUGCCGCGAAGGGGAGUGGAGUGUGAAAGCGCCGAGAUGUGAACCCCUUGAUCCAAAGAGUCCGAUAGCUGAAGAUGCUGCACCGAUUUUCUUCACGGUUGAUGGUUCACAGCAUGCAAUCUCUCAUCGAGGUGACUUGAUUGUCGCUCGAUCCGCGACAAUCACUUUCAGUUGUCUUCUGCCGAAGAGUAGGGGAAAGCCUGUAUGGGAAACCACUUCAACGUAUCGAUCUUAUCCACAAAGCUGGGAAAUUAUCGAUGCUUUCAACUACAGAAAACUUGAUGCAUAUCAAUUGACGGUUGCCGGCGCUCAACCAGAAGACAACGGUGUUUUUAACUGUAUCACACCAUUUGGAGAACGCCAUUCGAUUAAAUUAAUCGUUCAAAAUGUAAACUGUCCACCACUACGCAACUCCACUCAUUUACAUGUGCAUUUUACGCAGAGAAACUUUUAUGUCGGUACUGUGGCACAAUUUGUUUGCCCAAAUGGCUAUCGAGUGACCGGGGCAAGGAAAUCGAUUUGCUUGAUGGAUGGUCGAUGGUCUCAUGAAGCACCUGAAUGCCAAGCCGUUCAAUGCCCUCCACUUGUCCUCAACACUCAACAUUUAAGUGCGACAGUCUCCUCUUUCAAAUUUGGUGGAAUUUCUCAAUUUUCUUGUGACAAGGGCUACACAUUGAUUGGAAAUGAGCAUCUUCAUUGCACUUCGAGAGGCACCUGGAGUGAGAGGGUUCCCUAUUGUGCUGUCGUUCAAUGUGGUGAAAUUUUCCCGCCGAGAAACGGUUUUGUCAUUGGUGGAUCAACAAAUAAAGUCUUUAGAAAGGGGGAUAUUGUGAUGUUUGGUUGCGCAGAUUCGCAUUUGUUGACAGGCACGGAUUUUGUGAUGUGUCAAGCGAGUGGGAAAUGGAGUAAAACAGCAGCAAAUUGUUCUCCAUAUUGUAAAUACCCUGGCACUCCUGAAUUCGGUCAAUCAACAUCACCACCAAAGGACUACUACUUAGUUGGUGACAAAUUGGUUUACUAUUGUCCUGGCAAUGGCUAUCGUCUCUCAGCCGAUAAUGUAUUGGUUUGUGUUGGAGCUGGACGAUGGAGUCGAAGUGUGCCUCGUUGUGUACCAAGUUAUGAUGAU